CGCGUUCCCGCCAUGGCGGAGCCGCCGGAGGCAGCGGCGGGGCCCGGCUCGGCCGCCCCUCCGUCCCCGCGGGCCCCGGGCGGGCCGGACGGGGAGCGUUGCCCCGGCGGAGCCCGCCCAGAGCCCGGAGGGGCCGCGGCAGAUCCCGAGCCUGGAGCAAAGGUGGCGGGUGCUGAGCCCUUCCUGAAACCACCUGCUGGCCCGAAGCACCGCGGAACCCCCGGAGCAUCUGCCAGGAAGAGACCCCUGGGCACCCCCAGGCUGAGGCUGAGCCCCCUCAGGAGCAGCCCCCGGAGGAAGGGGAGCAGCCCCCAGCAGGAGCAGAGCCUGAAUUCCUUCAGUUUGUCCCCCCUCGUCGCCACCCCCCAGGGCAAACGUCGCUCCUGGUGCCGCUCCAGCCUCAAGGGCAGCAAGCGCCGCAAAUCCCUGCCCCCGUGCACAAGGACAUCCCGAGCUAAGCAAAUCCAUCAGCCUGGACUGCCUGAGAGCGAGCGUCUCUCCUGCUCAUCCUCUCCUGUUUCCAGUUUACCGCCAGAAGCUCGAGCAGGUGCUGAGGCAGAGGAAGGAUUCAGCCCGCGAGGCUUUUGCUGCCAAGGUGCAGGCGGUUCGGCGGAGCUGGGGCGGUUGGGUUGGCAGAAGGCUGAACCUGACGGGACACUCCGGGACUGUGUGGAGGAUCCCGAGGGGAAUUCCCUGGACUCGGCUCUGGAUGAACCCGUGGCACAGGUGGAGCAGCACAUGGCCAGGUUCUCCUCUGAGCGCCAGGCCUGGGACCAGCUCCUGCAGCAGCACCAGGACAGUGCCCAGGAGGCCGCCAGGCUCCUGGAGACCCUCCGGGCCAACCCCGCCGGGCCCCCCCUGGCCCUGCCCAGCUCCCAGAGCGCCGUGCUGGGCUCCAAACCCGACUACUCCCACCUGCUCCUGGACCAGGGCCCCGUGCUGCGCUCCGUGGAGCUCGCGCUGGACGAGCUGUGCCAGGCAGGGGCGCUCCUGACGGCCUUCAGCGAGGAGAGCCGGCGCUGCCUGCGGGGCCUCUCGGAGCGCCUCGGCUCCAGGACCUUCCGGCAGCUGGAGAACUCCCCGCUGUGCAGGCUCCUGGCUGCCCCGCCGGACGGCUGAGGGACCGCGGGGGGCGCGCCGUGGGGCCGCCGGUAAUAGAGUUGGGGGUCCCCGGUAAUAAAGUUGGGGGUCCCCCGUAAUAAAGUUGGAGUUCCCGGUAAUAAAGUUGGGGGUCCCCGGUAAUAAAGUUGGGGGUCUCCGGUAAUAAAGUUGGGGGUCCCCGGUAAUAAAGUUGGGGGGUCUCCGGUGG